AACAGAACAACCAACCUACCAACAACAGAACAACCAACCUACCAACAACAGAACAACCAAGCUACCAACAACAGAACAACCAAGCUACCAACAACAGAACAACCAAGCUACCAACAACAGAACAACCAAGCUACCAACAACAGAACAACCAAGCUACCAACAACAGAACAACCAACCUACCAACAACAGAACAACCAACCUACCAACAACAGAACAACCAACCUACCAACAACUGAACAACUUAACUGGCCUUGCAGGAGGAGGAGGAGGAGGAGCGUUUGACAAACAGGACGACCUGUAAUCCUACCUGGCCACCUCUUCACUGAGAUGCGAAGACGGUCCUCGAAGUCGGGGGUCCCGACCCCCAAAAAAUCUGAACCCCAGGGAGUGCCUAUCCCGAUGUCUGCUGAACGACCCCAAACUUCCUCCGUAGCCUCCUCGCUCCCCACCCCAAGCCUUGCUGCGGCGCUAGCCCGACGAAGGUUCACCCUGAGUGGGGCAGCUGACAGCCAGAACCAAGGACUGACGGUCUACUGCAGAAUGCCAUUCUCUCGUAGCUUCCUGUCUGAAGACCAGUUCCAUUGUUCCAUCUGUCUGGAUAUCUUCAUAAACCCCGCCUCCACUCCAUGUGGACACUCCUUCUGCAUGGCCUGCAUAGGUCAGUACUGGGACGGUGCUAAGCUCUGCCAGUGUCCCCUCUGCAAAGAGACCUUUAAGAAACGUCCGGACCUCCAGAUUAACCGGACCCUCAGGGAGAUCACAGAGCAGUUUAAGUCCAUGUCCGGGGUGUCUCGGUUGGGCAGCGGGAGGUGGAGAGGUGUCCUGGGGGCUGGAGGAGGAGGAGGAGGAGACGGAGGAGGAGGAGGAGGAAGAGGAGAGGACACAGACCAUCAGGAUCCCAGCACUAUAGAGAGGGAGUGGAUGGACACUAAGACCCAGCUACAUGUGUCUGAGGCAGAGAUCCAUCAGCUGAUUCUACAGAGACAGAGGAAGUUAGAGGAGAUAAGGUCAUCACUGGCUAAACUACAGCUUUCAGUGGAACGUGAGACAGCAGGCGUUAUGUGUGUGUUCAGUGCGUUGGUGUGUGCGGUUGAGAGGUCGCAGGCUGAGCUCAUGGAGGUGAUUGAGAUUAGUAAGCGGUCGGCAGAGCACCAGGCGGACGCUGCGAUUCGUCAGCUGGAACAGGAAGUGACUGAGCUCAGGAAGAGAAGCCACGCCCUCUCCCAGCUGGCCCAAUCAGACGACUACGUUCAUUGUAUCAAGAGCUACCCUGCACUCUGCACCCCUCCACCAAUCAGAGACUGGUCUGGGGUGUCGGUGAACCCUGACCUGGGAACGGGGCCCAUCUAUACUUCGCUGUCUGUCCUGGUCCAACGUUUCCAGGAAGAGAUCAGCAAGAUGGUUCAGUUUGGCGUACAAGUUCCACUAGAAUCAUCUCCAAUACCACAGCCCAAGGUGAAGAGGGUACAAGAGUAUGCAGUGGACGUGACUAUGGACUCAAGCACCGCCCACCCCAGGCUCAUCCUAUCAGAUAACGGGAAAAUGGUCAAAUGUGGGGACUGUCACCAGCCGGUACCUCAUAACCCUGAGAGGUUUGACCGUGUCGUGUGUGUUCUGGGUCGAGAAGGGUUCUCCUCAGGUCAACACUAUUGGGAGGUGGAGGUGGGCGGGAAGACUGACUGGGAUCUGGGCGUGGCCAGCCGCUCCAUCAACAGGAAGGGGAAGAUAACGGUAUCCCCUAGCAACGGCUACUGGUUCCUCAGCCUCAGAGAUAAACACAACUACGCGUUCCGGACAGAUCCCACCACCGAGCUGCUUCUCAACCUCAGACCACAGAAGAUCGGGGUGUAUGUGGAUUAUGAGAAAGGGCAGGUAUCAUUCUACAACGUGGACUAACUUCCCCUUCCUCUCCCCUGUUCAGGUAUCAUUCUACAAUGUGGACUAACUUCCCCUUCCUCUCCCCUGUUCAGGUAUCAUUCUACAACGUGGACUAACUUCCCCUUCCUCUCCCCUGUUCAGGUAUCAUUCUACAACGUGGACUAACUUCCCCUUCCUCUCCCCUGUUCAGGUAUCAUUCUACAACGUGGACUAACUUCCCCUUCCUCUCCCCUGUUCAGGUAUCAUUCUACAACGUGGACUAACUUCCCCUUCCUCUCCCCUGUUCAGGUAUCGUUCUACAACGUGGACUAACUUCCCCUUCCUCUCCCCUGUUCAGGUAUCGUUCUACAACGUGGACUAACUUCCCCUUCCUCUCCCCUGUUCAGGUAUCAUUCUACAACGUGGACUAACUUCCCCUUCCUCUCCCCUGUUCAGGUAUCGUUCUACAACGUGGACUAACUUCCCCUUCCUCUCCCCUGUUCAGGUAUCGUUCUAUAACGUGGACUAACUUCCCCUUCCUCUCCCCUGUUCAGGUAUCGUUCUACAACGUGGACUAACUUCCCCUUCCUCUCCCCUGUUCAGGUAUCGUUCUACAACGUGGACUAACUUCCCCUUCCUCUCCCCUGUUCAGGUAUCAUUCUACAACGUGGACUAACUUCCCUUUCCUCUCCCCUGUUCAGGUAUCAUUCUACAACGUGGACUAACUUCCCCUUCCUCUCCCCUGUUCAGGUAUCAUUCUACAACGUGGACUAACUUCCCUUUCCUCUCCCCUGUUCAGGUAUCAUUCUACAACGUGGACUAACUUCCCUUUCCUCUCCCCUGUUCAGGUAUCAUUCUACAACGUGGACUAACUUCCCCUUCCUCUCCCCUGUUCAGGUAUCAUUCUACAACGUGGACUAACUUCCCCUUCCUCUCCCCUGUUCAGGUAUCAUUCUACAACGUGGACUAACUUCCCCUUCCUCUCCCCUGUUCAGGUAUCGUUCUACAACGUGGACUAACUUCCCCUUCCUCUCCCCUGUUCAGGUAUCGUUCUACAACGUGGACUAACUUCCCCUUCCUCUCCCCUGUUCAGGUAUCGUUCUACAACGUGGACUAACUUCCCCUUCCUCUCCCCUGUUCAGGUAUCGUUCUACAACGUGGACUAACUUCCCCUUCCUCUCCCCUGUUCAGGUAUCAUUCUACAACGUGGACUAACUUCCCCUUCCUCUCCCCUGUUCAGGUAUCAUUCUACAACGUGGACUAACUUCCCCUUCCUCUCCCCU